AUGAGCCUCCAGCUUCUUUUGCUGAAGAAAGUUGCAUUUCCACAAGACAUAUCUCAUCUUGGAUUUGACGAAUAUCUCAAGCGCAUUGGGCGAGAUGGUUCGUGGGGCGGGUCCAUCGAAUUGGCUGGUCUAGCCGCGACCCUCAACCAACAAAUAUUCGUCAUCAGGCCCUUCAAGAAUGACUACGACAUUCGCGUUUUUGGGGCCCCCUCGAAAUCCACGCCGCUGGCCUUGUGGUUUGCUAACAGGCACUACCAAGCGCUGGUUGGAUGCGCUGAGGAGGUUGCAGGACAGGCUGUGAAGGCCGAGAUUGGCGAUCCUGCUCCUUCCGUUGGGCGAGCCGCUUCUUCCUUCGGUGGCUGCACUGCUGCCUCGUGUCUGGGUGGCUGCACUCAGGGGUCAUUGCCGUCGUCGCGAGCUGCUCCCACUGGCGAGCACCAGGCUGUCUCGACUCUUGGCCGGCGUACUGUUGGGCCUGCUGCUCCUUCCUCACUUGGUGGCAGGACGCAGCGCUCUUCUGCCUCAGUCUUCAAGCGUUCUCGUGAUGAUGGGGAUGAAGGUGCCGAUGCUGAUCCUCCUCCGGCGCUUAGCGCGAGCCAACGCGCUAGCCUGCUGGCGUUGCGCCAACCGCGGUGCCGCAACAACCCUUUGGCCGUCGAUGGUGGACCGCCGCGGUUCAUCUGCCAGUUCUGUGACUACAGUUACUCUCAUGCUUCCGGUACUGUGGUGAGUUCUGCCCGGCGGGCUCAUUUGGUCCGGUGGCAUGAUGGCGCCGGGUUGCCUGGUAGCAUCAAGGCGACCACUUCGAGUUUUCGCAAGCUCAGUGCUCAGGAGGUUCGGGGUGAUGCUUUUGACUGGAAGUGCCCCGCUUGUCGGUUUGGUUUGCCGACCCAUACGAAGCAAACCAUGUCCAAGCAUGUUCUCGAGCGUGAGAAGGCUGUCCACCGCAGUGCCCGUCAUCCUGAGUAUGACGACAAGCAGUGGCAGGCCGCUGCGGCUCGAGAGGCUAUGAAGCGCAGGAGCUCGAGGAGAGUUCGGGUCGCCACUGCGGCCAACAAGCGCACAGCCAAGAUGCUGCUGGGCUCAUCUGAGGGUGAGUUUGAGGGUUUCACGUCCCUUUUGUGGCCGGUUGUGCAGAUCUAUCGUCAUCGACCUCGGGGGAUUGUUUGGAGGUUGGCUUGGAGCUGCCUGCUUUGCCACCACCUGACGACACAUGCAACCAGCCCGGCCCUUCGGUCACAUCGGUGUUGCAAGUUUCGGCCACGAAAGGGCACCCAUAAGGAGCGCUGCAAGCGUUACUAUAGGGCUGUUCGGCUGCUGAAGAAGAUCCCCCAUGGCGUGCCUGAGGAGAUCGCCCCUGCAUCCGAUGGCCGUUGCCUCAGAGUGUGUACUAUGAACAUCGAGAAAAGCCUUUCCAGCAAAGUCCCGGCUGUUAUGUCGACGAUGCAGCGCCGUGGGCUUGAUUUGUUGUGCAUUCAGGAGGCGGAUGUCAAUGCUGUGUCCUGGCCCAGGGUCGUUUCUUCAUUUCGAGCUCAAGGCUUCCACGUUGUUGGAGGGCCUGAGGUUGCUGAUGAGGGCUCUACUCGGGCUCUCCGCCGAUGUGUCAUUGUCUCGCGCACGCCCGUGCGUUGUUUGACUCCUUCUGGCAUCUCCGAUCCCGCUCGGGUUGCGGUUGCCGUCAUCGAGGUCAGGUUGCAGGACGCUGUGCGCAAGGUUGUGGUGGCCAACACUUACGGCCACGCCUCUUUUGGCGGCGGCGGGCUACGGAGCACCAUUGCAUUGAGCUGUGAGUGGUUGCUGCUGGGCGACUUCAACGUUGCAUUGGAUGAGGACCCUGCGGCAUUGACGCUCGCUGCCAGGAGUGAUGUGAGGUCCCUUGACGAGUGCUUCGUUCAUCAAGGUGCUCUUCCUGGCACAUCGCCGAGCCGUUCGAGGAGACUGGACUUUGGUUUGUCGUCUCGUGGUCUUGCAGCUGUUCGCCUUGGCACUUUCGAGGGUUUGGGGAAUCACUUGUGCACUGCCUAUGAUAUCCCUCUGGCUCUCCCCACGGGCCAUUCGGGCCCUUUGAGAGCAAGGCUGGGGACGGCUCCUGUUGAUGAGGCGGCCUGGAUGGGUCUUUGGCAGCCGGUCGCCAGUGACUUUGAGGAGGCUCUUAGCAGUGACAUUGACGCGGCUUGGGCUUUGCUUUCCUCCGCCGCCGAGGCCGCAUUGGAUUCUGGUGAGGAGCCGCAUGGGCGCCGGGUUGCUCGCCGCUGCCAGUGGCAACCGCGCGCUGCUCGGGCUGUGCACAAGGCUGUUCUGGGCUCUGAGUCGCUCCUCCUGACGCGCAUGCGGCGUUUGCGCAGACGAGUGUCUCAUCUACGACAUGUGCCUUUGGAUGCUUCUUUGCGAGCCAAUGUGGUUCACGACUUGGAGAUGCUGGGCUCCACCUUUCCCGACCUCCUUGACCACGUUGGUGGUGCUGAGGUGGGUGCGCUGCGCUUGGUUGGGGACCUCAUUGUUGCCCUCGAGCGCGAAGCUAAGGAGACCGCUGUUGCUGCUUGGCGGCGUGUGGAUCAGGACUUCAAGGCCCAGUGCUCGUGGGUGAAGCGCAGGGCUCUCCUCGAGGAGCAGAUUGAGCUGGACCGCGAUCCGAUUGACCCUCUCCUGCCCAAGGUUGCGGUACAUCCUGUUUGUGUUAUCUCCCAGGCCGAGACGAAGUGGCUGCCGAGAUGGACUCGACGUGCUCACCGUGACCCGCAGCUGGUGGAGGAUGCUCUUCGUGCUUUGCCGGCUAGGCCUGAGGUGUCUGUUGACUUUACUUUCACUGGCCCUGAGCUCCGAGGCAUCGCUUCUUCCAUGAAAGGUCGUGCUGGGGGCCCAGAUGGCUGGGUCAUCGAACACUGGUUGCUGCUCCCGGCUUCCUUUUGGGAUGCCCUGGCUGCUCUGUGGUCUGUGGUCGCCCGCGAGCAUAGAUUGCCGCGCAUUUGGCGGUUGUCGAGGGUGGCUUUGAUACCCAAGCCCAAGGGGGGCGCCAGACCUCUCACACUCCUUAGUGUGGCACAUCGGCUGGGCAUGAAGGCUAUUGGAUGGCUCGGGCAUCAGACUUGCGGUGGAGUGCCCGGGCGGUCCACCAAAGACGUCAUCCAGCAGCUGAUCACCUCCUGCAGCCGGGGUGAUGUCUUGGUUGGCCAAGAUUUGGCAAAGUACUUCGACUCGAUCGAUGCUCGUGACGUUGAUGUGGUCCUGGCUAGCCUUGGUGCGCCCUCUCUGCUGCGGGGCCUUGUCCAGGCGGUGUACCAAGCGCACUACAAGCUGUUUUCUGCGGGAGGGCUUCUGGGCUCCACGUGGUGCCUCGGCACCUAUGACCUGGAGUUUCUGCGACAGAUGAAAGAAGCGAUUCCAGAGCAGGCCAAGAUUAGGAUGCAGACCACGUUGAUCGAUUCCGAAUGGAAUGCGGGGCAAGGCCAGCAGGUCAAGUUCAAGGCACUCAACGCGGAGCGUCAGAAGGCUUUUCUCCAGCGUCUCAAUGACAAAGGCCCGAAUCCGAAGGCUAGUCAAGUUAGGCCGCGGGAGGGAGCUCACACAGGUGAAACGCCUCCGCCAAAGGAGCGCAAGGAGGGGUGA